AUGAACGAGGCCACCGACUACGAGCAGGAGCGCCUGCGCAAUAUCCGCGAAAACGAGGCCCUCAUGCGCGAGCUCGGCGUGCUCCACGGCUCAGAGACCAUCGGCGCACCACGCCGCCGCAAACCCGCCCCUGGCUCGGCCAAACCUCGCGCAAAACGCUCAGGCGCAACUCCCACCAAGCGCGAAAAGGCGCCCACCCGCGUCCAGCCAUCCAGGAGCAGCGCGCGACUCGCAGGGCACGAGGCAGACAGCGAGGCCGUCAAGCGCAAGUACGAAAAGGAGGCAGAAGAGGCGCGCAUCGAGGCAGAACGCGCAAAGCGCGCCAGGCACGGCCAGCACGACCUCGCCACCAUGACCGGCGGCGAGCUCGAGGCACAGCAGAUAAAGGCACUCGAAGACACCCUCGCGGGCCUCGCCUCCAACAUGGCAAAGGCCGCAGAGCUCGUCGACGUCGGAGACGAGAAAAAGCAGCGCAGCGACGCAAAGUCGGCACCGCGCAGCGAGCUCGAGGCCGUCCUCAACCGCAUGAAGCUGCGCAGCGCCGCCAAAGUCACCCAGCGUCGCGUCUAUUCGAUGGCCUACCACCCCACCACCGACAAGGACCUCGUCUUUGUCGGCGACAAGGAAGGCUCCAUCGGAAUCUGGGACGCCGCCGCACCGCGCGGCUCCGGCGCAAAGGAAGACGACGCCGCCGACGAGGAUGAAGACGAGAAGCAGGUCAAGCGUGACCUGGCGCCGAAAGCGGAAGCGGGGACGGAGCCAGAGGCCGACGCGGGCGACGACGGCGACGACGAUGACGAGGGCUACGUCCCAGAGGGCAAGGCGUGGUCGCUCCAGGUGCACGGCAGGAGCCCCGUGACGUCGCUCAAGCUUGACCCGGUCUCGGCCAGCACGCUCUUCUCGGCGUCGUACGACUCGACCAUCCGGCGGCUCGAUUUGGCGACGCAACAGUCGACCGAGGUCUGGGCGGGCCAGGACGACGUGCUGCUGUCUGUCUUUGACGUGCUGUCGCCCUCGACCCACGCCUCGGCGUUCACCGCCACGCCCAACCCGUCGCUCGACGAGCGGAGCAUCUGGAUCGCCGAUCACCGCGGCGGGCUGCUGCACAUCGACCUGCGCGAGGGGCGACGGCGCGGCAACGCGACGAGCCGACGGUGGCAGGUGUGCGAGAAGAAGAUCGGCGCCAUGUCCGUCAACCGCCUUGCGCCGCACUGCAUCGCCACGGCCUCGCUCGACCAGCACAUCCGGCUGUUUGACGUGCGUGCGCUCAGCGCGCUGCCCGAGACCAACGACGCGCCGUACACGUACAAGAACGUCGACGGCGACGAGCUCGACACGGUGCACGCCGAGGCGCAGUUUGCCGCGCACAAGGCGCGCCAGGCGUGCACCAGCGUCGACUUUAGCCCGCGAGGCGACCAGCUGCUCGGCGUGAGCUACGACGACGUCGUCAAGGUGUGGGACCUCCAUCCGACCUGGCUGUACUCGCGGCGCGGCGUCGAGACGAGGAAAAAGGGCCCCGCCGCCCAGGGAGCCGCUCCCAAGGCGCCGGAGGCGAGAGGCGGGGGCAGGGUCCUGAGACGGUCUCGUUCUGGCCGGUUCCGCAGUGCGCACGAGGAGGACGAGGACGAGGAAGAGGGCCAGGGCGAGGAAGAGGGAGAGGACGACAAGGCCGCCAUCAAGGUCGAAGACGAAGUCAAGCCCGAGGCGAAACCAACCCGGCUGCUCUCCUGGUUCCGUUCUGGCGGGAGAACGAAGAAGGAAGCCGUCAAGAUGGAACCAGAGCAGCAAGACGCGCUUGCGGUCGAAGAGGAGAAGUCGAAGUUGGAAGCGGUCGAGGUCGGCGAGGACGAAGUCAAGGACGAGGAUGAGGACGAGGUCGAGGUCGAGGGUCGGCCAACGGACCUGCUGGGUGCGCCGACGACGAUACCGCACAACAACCAGACGGGCAAGUGGCUCACGCUCUUCCGGGCGCGCUGGCACGCCAACGCCGGAGUGGAGCCGCACUUUUCCAUCGGCAGCAUGACGCGCCGCGCCGAAAUCUACGCCGCCGACGGUACGCUCCUCCGCGCCCUGUGGGACCCAGAGGUCGUCACGGCCGUACCCGCCGUCACCGUCAUGCACCCCCUGCUUCCCGGCAAACUCGCAACGGGUAACGCCUCGGGGCGCUGUACGUUUUGGGACGCUGAGUAG